AUUUUUUUUUCCUCUCUUCACAGAGGGCACUCCACUAGAAAAUUCUGCGCCGCGAUGGGUAAAGCUUUCGGCUUCAUCUUUUGUGCUACGACAUUCCUUUUGCUUGGACAACCUAAAUGGACAGAUGCCGCUGAAGGGGAUUUCACUCAGAAGGACAGUGUCUCUCUCGGGGCAGGCGGCAAAGAUGCGCCAAUGGUGUACGUCACAACUAUUCUGGAAGACCCCUACGUGAUGGUUAAGGGCCCUGAGUUGGAAGGCUACUGCAUCGAUCUGUUGCAGAAGCUGUCGGAAAUGCUUCAUUUCAAGUACAAAGUCAGCAUCGUGAAGGACGGCAAAUACGGGCGUCUCAAUUCCAACGGGAGUUGGUCGGGCAUGAUCGGAGAAGUCGUGAGGAAGGAAGCUGACCUGGCCGUAGCUCCCUUGACCAUCACGUCGGUCCGAGAAGACGCAGUGGACUUCACCCAGCCGUUCCUGUACACCGGCAUCGGCAUCCUGCUCGAGAAGGAAGCGGCCUUGGAAGAUGCCUCCCUCUUCCACUUCCUGACCCCCUUCACCAAGGAGACCUGGAUCGGCAUCCUCUUGGCUUACCUGCUCUCCAGUCUGUGUCUCUUCUUGGCCGGAAGAAUGAGCCCUUCAGAAUGGAGCGGAAACCGAGAGAACGAUUUCACCUUCCUGAAUAGCCUGUGGUUCAGUGCCGGAGCGCUCACCCUGCAAGGUAGGCCCCAAAAUGGAAGACUGUGACUUCAUUUCAGUGUC